GAAAAACUGCAGGGGGAGACGGUCCUUCACCGAGCUGCGUCCCUGUGUCAAAGAACUAUCUGUCAUUAUCUGGUUGAAGCAGGAGCCUCGCUCAUGAAGACAGACCUACAGGAGGAGCUGUGCCGGCUGCAAACGGAGAACCAGCUGAAGGAGGAGGUGAAGGAGGUGCUGCAGGCGCUGGAGGAGCUCGCCGUCAACUACGACCAGAAGAGGUGGAGGAGAGAGAUCAGACCAACCUGCAGCACAAGACGGUACAGAUAUGUUUCAGGAGAAAGUGUUCAAAGUCUGCAUCUCGAGGUCCUCAACCUGCUGCUACGAGACCUCAGUGACAUCGGCGCCAUCAUCGGCACCAGUGAUGUCAUCACAGCUGUGAAACCACUUCAAUGAUAAGUGUCAGAUUUGAUACACUCAGGCAGACAUCAACAUUAACUCUGGUCACAGCUAACACAUCACAUCUUCUGUCCAGACUGCUGAAUGAGCAGAGGGAAAACCAAACAUCAAAUAAUUCAGCAUCACCAACAAGGCCCACAGAUCCAGGGAGCGGCCGCAGCGGGACUCGAACACCAUUUAAAGUGUCAUGUCAUUUAAAAACCCAGCAGCUUUUGGUCCUCCUUGUCUGCAGAAGUCUGAAGUCUGCAUGCAGAGGGUGCUGAGGGUAGUGUUGUAGUCAUGACCACACUAAGACCAACACCACAAAUAUCUUUGUGUGCAGGGGACGUUUUAACACCGGGAAGCUUGUGGUCGUAACCGGGGGAUACAAAUCAAACUACAAAUGGAGUGAUGUUAUUUGUUGUUUUUUUUCUUCUAGUCCCAGACCGAGACCUUCAAGGAGUCUCAAGGAGCACAUGAGGGUGUUCCAGGACUUCUGAUUGGUCCUUAUUAAAAUAAACAACUGUUUUUGUUAACGAUGCUGAGGUUACCAAACCAACAGAUCACAAAAGUUCAAAUGGACUCAGGAACAGAAUGAAUGUUGUUUGAAUGAUCACCUGUCUGCUUCUUUUAAUCUGAAACAUUUUCUCAUUGGUCUUCUUAUAUCUGUGAAUCUGUAACUCUGGAUCUAUCAACAGGAAGUGCUCUGGAGUG